GUUAUUUAUAUGAAAGCUUUUAACUGAAAUUCUUUCAUUAGUUCUCAUCCAUUCUGCCUCUUGUUCACAGGAGAUUCUAGAGUCGAAGAAAACAUGGCUCUGACCGGGUUCCACACCAUGUUCAUCAGGGAACACAAUAGAAUCGCUGAAGAACUAGCGAAACUGAACCCGCACUGGGAUGAUGAACGGAUCUACCAAGAAUCUCGGCGCAUCGUUAUCGCACAAAUUCAGUACAUCACUUAUCACGAAUAUUUGCCUGUGCUCAUGGGUCGAAAUUGGGAACAAGAAGCCAGCCAAUUUCUGGAAUCCAAGGGCCACAAAACUGCGCGCAGACACGGUUACCAAGAAGACUUGGACCCAACUGUCGCGAACGUUUUUGCAGGGGCUGCCUUCCGUUUCGGACAUGCCACGAUUCAGGGACUCGCAAGGAUACAUCAAGCUGGGAAGAGAGUUUCGGCUGAGGAGAAUAUUCCAUUCCAUGAAAUUCAGUUCAAUUCCAGCCGAAUGUACAGCCCGGGUCAAAUGGACGGUUUAUUGAAGGGCUAUUCGGAAGAGGAAAGCAGGGGACGAGGUCGCUUUUUCUCAGCUCAGAUUACGAACCACAUGUUCGAGACCAUCGAUUCCGGCUUUGGCUUCGAUUUAGUGGCAGUAAAUAUUCAACGUGGCCGUGAUCGAGGUUUGCCUCCUUACAAUGACUGGCGCGAAUAUUGCGGUUUGUCAAGAAUCGCUUCAUUCCAAGUCGAAGAAACCAUCAGCGAUUUGAACGCUUCCACGGGUUGCACUUCCAAUCUUCACAGUCUUAUUUACAAGUCCGUCGAUGAUGUGGAUGCGUUUUCAGGAAUGAUUUCCGAAUUCCGACAAAAAGGAAGCAUGUUGGGACCGACUUUGCAGUGUUUGAUCGGAGAACAGUUUUUCAGAUCGAAACACGGAGACAGGUUUUGGUUCGAUUCAAAAUCUUCUCCUUACCCACUCACCAGAGAUCAACUGGCUGCAAUCAAGAAAACGAGCUUGGCAAGACUGAUUUGCUCUGGAUCGGAUGAAAUGAAAUCCCUGCAGCCGACUGCCAUGUUGUCGCCGAACGUGAAUCGGUACAACAAGCCAGUCAAAUGCUCAGAUUUGCGUCCAAUCAGUGUCGUAGCCUGGGAAGACUAUCAAAUCAAGUCCCCUUUCAAGAAGGAAUAAAUAACACCCGAAAUUACGAAGAGACCCCCUUGUUCAGCAAACCACGUGCCAAGGUUUUCAGCCUCGUAUUCAGCUGGGACGAGAAAGAAGUGCUUCCUUUCAAAUUGUUAUCCUGAUGACCCGUGACUGGUUGCACGCAAUGUUUUUAGGUCGUGAUGGUGAUGAGUGAUUUUUCGGUGCAUUAAAGAUGACUUCCUCUGAAAUAA